AUGAGGUUCUCCGCCACCUUCUUCCUCGGCCUCGUCGCCUACGCGGCCGCCCUGCCCACAGUCACCCUGACCGGCGACGUCAUCGAGGCCCGCGCGCCCCAGCUCAGCGUGCCGCCGGGAACCCCGGUGACCGACACCCAGGGCGUCAAGCUCCGCCCGGGCACGAGAUGCACCACAACCUCGACCGAGGGCGUCCUCGCCUGCAACGACGGCACAGGCGCCGUCUUCAACAUCGUCAAAGGAAGGAUAAGGGGACGCGACCUCGUACCACCCGAGGAGGACUCGGGCGACGCGGCCGCGCAGGAGGCUGCCGAUGAUCGGGAGGAGGAGGACGAUUAG